UGUUGCCGAAGCAGUAGCGAAAUUUCAUUGUUUACGAGUGUUCCGCUAUCCGCUCCGAGGCGUCCCUUCCAAAGCAUGGCACAGGCGCGAGUCGCAACAGCAACCUCUUUGAACGACGCAAUGACGGCCAAUACAAACGGUUCAAUGCCAACGUUGGGCGAAAACAGCUGGGAGGAAUUCUCCAUUGAUGUGCCCUGGGGCACUGUUACAGGCAAAUGGUGGGGCUCACGGAAUAGGCAACCGAUUUUGGCGCUGCAUGGCUGGCAGGAUAACUGUGGUUCAUUCGAUAGACUCUGCCCACUGCUGCCGGCGGACGUUUCAGUGCUGGCCAUUGACUUGCCGGGGCAUGGACACUCGUCGCACUAUCCUCAGGGCAUGCAGUACUUUAUCUUCUGGGAUGGCAUCUGCCUGAUCCGGCGCAUUGUGCGAAAGUACAAUUGGAAGAACGUCACGCUGUUGGGUCACUCGUUGGGUGGCGCACUUACUUUCAUGUAUGCGGCCAGCUUUCCCAACGAGGUGUGCAAGCUGAUCAACAUCGAUAUUGCUGGACCAACGGUGAGGGGCGUUAGCCGCAUGGCCGAGGGCACUGGCAAGGCGUUGGACAAGUUUCUGGACUAUGAGACGCUGCCGCAGAGUAAACAGCCCUGCUACUCAUAUGAGGAGAUGAUCAAAUUAGUUUUAGAUGCCUACGAUGGAUCCGUGGAUGAUGAGUCUGUGCGGGUUUUGAUGCGGCGUGGCAUGAAGCCCAAUCACGGUGGCUACCUCUUCUCCCGUGAUCUGCGUCUCAAAGUUAGCCUGCUGGGCCUAUUCACAAAAGAGCAGACGCUGGCCUAUGCACGACAGAUUCGUUGCAAAGUGCUCAACAUUCGCGGAGUGCCGGGCAUGAAGUUCGAAAUGCCCGAAUUUUAUGCCGAGGUAAUUGCAACACUUAAGCAACAUGCUGAGCAUGUGGUUUACGUGGAAGUGCCGGGCACACACCAUCUGCACCUGGUGACGCCCGAACGAGUGGCGCCGCACAUAAAUCAAUUUCUUUUAAAUAAGUAAUAGCAGAUA